GGGGACGAAUUCCCAGCAGAAUCCGCAAUUCGUACGCCAGACAACUUGACAUGCAUCAUUCGGGCCAAGUUUGCGGAAUAAAACUAAAACCAGCGUUCUAAUAUUCCGUCGAUCCGUCAAUAAAACAACGGCAAUGUGACUAUUGUGAGUUAAUCGUAAUUCGUUUUGCAGCAAUGUGAUUGUCAUGGCAACGGGACUUAAACAAAACGGCGGAUCCUACGUGAAGAUCCAAUGAAGAGAUGAUGCGAAGGAAUGAGUUCUUUAGCCUGGUCGUGGUGGCGAUCCUCUUCAUUUUGCUGCUCGCAUUCAGCCAAAGGGACUCGAAUUACCACAGACCGAUGCAAUACCGUCAGGUCGUCCUCGACGAACCAAAACAAGAGGACAACAGCACAACGCUGAACGAAAUAAUUGAACAACAACGAUACGAGAUCAGACACGAACUGAUCGAUUACAAGUUCAAAUCCGGUACGAAUUUGCGGAAUUACACGUUGGAAACCAACGGUGAUCCAAUUAGGAAUAUCAUCAUUACGACAUGGAGGUCCGGUUCGACGUUCCUGGGGGAUGUUAUGAACGCAGUGCCCGGCAACUACUAUCACUACGAGCCGCUUUUGCACUACGGCAUCGUGCAAAUAAGGGGCGCACCCCAGUCGGAUUCCGCGCUGAAAACGCUCAAAAACUUACUCAAUUGCAAUUACACAACUCUUAGUAGAUAUUUAAAUUAUGGAAGGUCUCAUCCGUAUCUGUUUACACACAACACAAGGCUGUGGAAUUUAUGUGAGAUGUAUCCGAGGUACUGUUGGAAUGCUGGGUUUUUGAAUCAAGUCUGCAAACUGUUCCCCUUUCAAUCCAUGAAGACUGUUCGGCUAAGGUUGUGGCUGGCUGAAGAUUUAUUAAAUGAUAAAAAAUUAAACAUAAAAGCACUUUUAUUGGUGCGAGAUCCACGUGGCACCAUACAAUCCAGGAAACACCGGGACUGGUGUCCGGGCAAACCAGACUGUGAUCAACCGAACAAUUUAUGCGCCGACAUGGUUUCCGACUAUAGCGCGGCCAUACAGUUCAAAAAACGCUACCCCACAACGUUUAGGGCGAUCCGAUACGAAGAUCUCUCCCUCAAUCCGUACGAACACGUGCAGGACUUGUUCAAAUUUUUCGGGCUGCAGUUCCACGAGCAGGUGAAGAUGUUCCUCGAUUCGCACACGAAGGUGAACGUGGGCGGCGUCUCCAGUACGUUCAGGGACUCGAAAAGCGCCCCGUUCCAUUGGAAGACCGAUCUGAACGCGACCGAGAUCCAGUACAUCGAGGAGAAUUGCGAGGAGGCAAUGAAACUGUGGGGUUAUGUCAAAGUGACCAACUACAGUAACUUGAAGGACUUCAAUCCUUUAACCAGUUAUGAAAUUGCAUGAUCUUUUGUGAUACUAGGCGGUAAUUUGGAAUUGUAGGAAUAGGUACUGUUAAACUGUGAAAGGAGUUUGUCACUUAUUUUUGUAUAAACAGAUAUUUGCACCAGUUAAGGAUAUUCUUGGGAUAAGGUUUUGAUUAUGCCAAUAUGUUCUUGAUAAUGCCAUUUUAUAACAUGUUCAUAAGUAGUCAAUUUUAUUAUUACACUUGCUUCAUAUUUAUACCUAGGGUUAGGUAUCAUAAACGGUAUCUGAACCAAGAACAACUUAAAAUUGAUAAAACUUGGUUCAGUAAACAUUGCAACAUCCAGUCAAUGAAAAAAUGGUUUCUAAUUUUAAAAAUUAAGCAAUAAUAUUGAAAUGUUUUAAAAGCUCACAUUACAAUCUCCCUUUGACCUUUUCUUGACAGAAUUAUUAAUCAAAGAAUGAUUAAAAUUGGUCCAAACAAUUAUGAAAAAGUUAAUCAAAAAACAUCUCUACAUUUGUACAAUGUCGUUUAAUCGUUUAUUAUAAAAUCAGACUGACUAAUUAAUAAUGAAAUGGUUAAAAUAAUUAAAUAGCUAUGCAUCUUCAUACGAAUAAGCAUUUUUGCAAUUUUAUUUCAAAUACUGCAAUGGUUUUCACUCAAUUAUUAAUCUUAUUUAUCUCCCUAUUAGUCAAUUCUUUAUAACGAACUAGUUUAGCAAAUAUAUCAACAAAAGCAUAUCAUAGAACAAAAGCAGCUUUCAAUUUAAACCGUACGAAUUUUUUAAUUAGGAAAUUCGUCUGAAAAAUUUUAAAUCAGAUUUAAUUAGUUAUUUGGGCAAAACAAUAUUUUAGUAUUAAUACACAACUGCACAACUAUUCUAUAGAUUGCCUAAUCAAACAAAUUCACUUCACGAUCACUGAUGGGCUUCCAACUAAACGAUUUUAUCUGUUUUUAAUUCGUAGUUAAUUAUAAGUUUUAAAUAAUUGUUGAAUUUUUAUUAAGUAUUGUUUAUUUGAUAAAAGGAACAGUCUGUUGGAAACAGAUUUUGAUAUCCUUGUAAUGUUUUAAAAGUAUUAUUUAUUGUAAUGGCUAGUGGAAAUAAUUGUAUACGUGUAAGGGUAUAUUUACACCAGAUUAUUGUAAAUAUAUUUAGCACGUAGGAUCAUGUGAUUUAAAUAUUAUGGUUUAAUAUGUUUUACAGUUUUAUUUAAAGAAAUCUUGAAGAUUGUUUAAAAUAAAACUGUAAUAUAUGUUGUAUGUUAUAAACUUUUACGUAAUA